UAUAAUAUCUUUUGCUAGUUAUUAUAAAACAAUAAGAACAGAAGUGAGAAGGCAACAAGGUUGGACCUGGACAUACUGCUAUCGCAAAAUAGCAUAUCUCCCGGUAACCCUAGUUUAGCCGCCGCCCUCACGUCCUCUGCCAAGAUCCGCCGCCAGUCGUACCUGGCCACACAACACAGGCUUACUCAGUCGCGCAUUGCAGGAUUGAGGUUCUUAACGUUGGGUUUUAACAGAGCAUGGGAAAGGUGCAUGGGAUGAGUGGUCAGGAAGAAUUACCUGAAAUGGAGACUACUGAUGUCAGUGAUUUGCAGUUAAUAUACAGCGUCAGAGAUACCCUUGUUGAAGUCACGUUGGGUGUUAGAGAGAACUACGACGAGCUUGUUCGCUAUUUGCACCCAAAAAGGAAUCCUAGUGCUGAAGAAUUUGCUGCACUCGUGACAACUUUAAGAGGGCUUUCUGGAGCAGUGUCGUACAUAGACCCUGCCCAUCACGAUGCUCUUCUUUUUGCUCUUUCGAGAUUGAGCUUGUGGAAUUAUGCAACUGUUGUCAUGGAUGCUUUGCUUGAACUCAUUGUAUCAUUGGCUGUUUCCAAUGGAAUGUAUAUUGAUUGGUGCCUGGAGAUGCUGGUGAAACAUUUUGUGCCACCUAUUUAUCUCUUUGAUUUUCUGAAAGAGACAAAUGGAAUUGAAAAGAAGAAUAAGGUUCUGUCUCGGGUGCAUGCUGCUUUGGAACAAAUAUCUGAUUUGGUGCCCCUUGCUCCCUUGCGUUUAUCUCCAAUAGUCGUCCAGAAAAUGCCGAAAUCCUGCAAAAUGUCGGAACCUGAGAUUGUCAUGUAUGUUGAGAAUAUGUUAAGGCUUGAGAGUGGUGCAAUUGGAGAAAUUGUUGGUGGUACAAUGCUACCUGCGCUUGUGGAUAGGUUGAUAGAGUUGGAUGUGGGAAUUGGAUGGGAUGGCAACUUGCAGGAGGAUGUCAAAUGCAUAUUUGAAUUGGAGUUAGAAGAGAUUGCUGAAUUUGCAGACGAGGAUGAGAAUAUUUUUAAUAUGUCUACCACAGAUAUGUUAAAUAGGAACAAUUUGCAAGGCAACAAGGUUGCGGAACAAUUAGAUAGCCUAAUUGUGCUGAUUUUUUUGCAUCUUGAAUCCUGUCAAAGCAGUGGCCGAAUUGCUGAGGUAUUUGAUAUUUUACUAAAGUCAUUUGAGAGAACUGUGUUGAAUGCUUACAAGUCAAAAUUUACCCAGUUUGUGAUGUUCUAUGCAUGUGCACUGGAUCCUGAAGGAUGUGGUGUGAAAUUUGCCAUGGUUCUUACAGAGAUGUUUGGUUCUGAUGUUAAUCCUCCUAUUACUAGGAUGAGUGCUGUGGCUUAUCUUGCUAGUUAUUUAUCUCGUGCGAAGUUUCUUUCAUCUGCAUUGGUUGCUAGUGUCAUACAAAGGUUGGUAGAUUGGUGUUUUUCAUAUUGCAUGUUACAUGAUGUUGAUAUGAACCCGCAAGCACAUCAAGUUUUUUAUUCUGGUUGCCAGGCUAUCAUGUACCUUCUAUGUUUUCGCAUGAGAUCAUUGGUGGAUGUUCCUAGGCUUAGAAUGCAGCUUAUCAAAAUGCCUCUGGAGCCAAUGUUGAAACAUAAAUUGAGUCCCUUGAAGGUGUGUUUGCCUAGUGUAGUAGAGGAAUUUCUUAGACAGGCAAAGGCUGCUCGGCUUUUCAUGACAUCUGAGUCAUUUGUUUUCAAUGAUUUGCUCGAGUCUGAUCUUUCCAAGGCAUUUGGUGGGACGGAUAGACUUGACAUGUUCUUCCCAUUUGACCCAUGUUUGUUGAAGAAAAGCCAAAGUUACUUAAAGCCACAUUUUGUCCACUGGUCAAGAGUCAGAACUACAUAUGAUACCAAUGACAAUGACGAAGACAGUGAUAGUGGAAGUGAAGCAUCUGACGAUGAUUUUGUUGACGGGAAUGCAAAGGAUAGUAUUGAUGAUGAUAUGAUCAUGGGUGUUGAAGCCGGUCUUGAUUUUGAUGCUGACUUGAACAAAAUGUCCAUCACGCCCAAAUCUAUGAAAUAUGGGUUUGUGACACAGAUGGAACGGGGUAUGCGAAUGCCCACAAGAAUCUGACCAUCCGGUAGUCUAGAGUUUUUGUGAUACAUAAUAGUAGAUUACUACAUAUUCGUUCAAGCUUGUCGUGAAAGCCUGUCAAUUUUGCAAUGUUCUAGGCCAGCUACUACUCAUCAAGAUAGUGGUCUUACAAAAAAAGAGCAUUCCUUUUUUUUUUUUUUGGGAGGGGGUGGCAUUUGUAGUUUUGAUGUUUAGCAUUUUCUUCAUUUUUUUUUUGCCUUUCAUUGACUGUUAAGGAAACUGAAUAUAGGCAGACAACUAAAAAUAUUCAUUCCUCAGUAUCGUGUAAGUAUGAUAUUUAUGUGAGUUUUAGUUAAAUAUUUAUGUUA